AAAAUGAAUAUUAGUUCAAUAAUUUACAGUUUUCACCUCUGAUAUUAUAACAGUUAUUAAGAAUCAAAGUUAUGCAUUGACUCGGAAGUACGCGAACGUCUUUUUGGCGGGAGCCGUUGCCAUGGUGAAUCGUAAUUUAGAAGCUCCACUGAUCAUGACUUUUCAUAGUCGUGGUGCACGCGCUAAACUCAGAGUUGAAUAAACUAACACAAUUCAGCCGUUCUGAAACCGAAAACUCUGAGUUUCCCAUCUCAAGCAUCGGAGUCCUGGGCCCCGGCGUACCGGCUCCAGCCAUGUCGGCGAGGAAUACAGCGGCUGGCGGCGGUGACGGAGCGACGGGGGAAAAGCCAGGAGACGCAUUAGAGGAAGAACCCCAGGGCCUCUCCGUCUCUCUGUCUGGUUUGAUGACCCCCACUUCAGCCACCGGCAUGGCCUCAGGCAUGGAGCUGCCCAGAAAACGGAAAGGCAGCAUGGACAACCCGGAAACAAAAUCUGCAUCAAAUCUAGAGGAGGAUAUGGAGGACGAUCAGGGAAGAUCGGAAGGAGACGACCAGCACUUAAAAAUUAAGUGUAUCAGAGAACCUCAUAGUCAGAUCGAGAAACGACGGCGAGACAAGAUGAAUAACUUGAUUGACGAGUUGGCAGCGAUGAUCCCCACCUGUAACCCCAUGUCCCGCAAGCUUGACAAACUCACUGUGUUACGAAUGGCUGUCCAGCACCUCAAAUCACUCAAAGGAGCAACCAGCUCGUUUACAGAAGCCAAUUAUAAACCUGCAUUCCUCCCAGACGAUGAGCUCAAACAUCUUGUCUUAAGGGCUGCGGAUGGAUUUCUCUUUGUGGUUGGCUGUGACCGUGGGAAGAUAGUCUUUGUCUCAGAAUCAGUUUCAAAAAUCCUGAAUUACAAUAGGACGGAGUUAAUUGGACAGAGCCUGUUUGAUUAUGUUCAUCCUAAGGACAUUGGUAAAGUGAAGGAACAGCUGUCUGCCUCUGAACUCUACCCGCGGGAGCGCCUCAUAGACGCCAAAACGGGAUUACAGGUGCAGGCUGAGCUCCCCGUCGGAGCGGCUCGGCUUUGCUCUGGAGCCCGGCGCUCAUUCUUCUGCCGAAUGAAGUACAACAAAGUUACCGUCAAAGAAGAGAAGGACUUCCAGGCUGGUUCAAAAAAGAAGGAGUCACAGCGGUACUGCACUGUGCACUGCACGGGCUACAUGCGCACCUGGCCCACGCGCCAGCUGAGCGCGGAGGGGGAGGCCGAGGCGGAUAAAGAGAGCUCCCACUUCAGCUGCCUGGUAGCAGUGGGCCGCAUGCACCCCCACACCCUCCCGCAGGCCAACGGAGAGAUCAAGGUCAAGCCUACUGAAUUUGUCACCCGCUACGCCAUGGAUGGCAAAUUCACCUUUGUGGAUCAACGAGCCACCACCAUUCUGGGUUAUUUACCCCAGGAGCUGCUAGGCACAUCCUGCUAUGAAUACUUCCAUCUGGACGACCUGCCUCAUUUGGCAGAUAGACACCGAAAAGUGCUGAGGAGUAAAGAGAAGAUUGAGACAAACUGCUAUAAGUUUAAAACGAAAUAUGGCUCUUUCGUCACCUUACAAAGUCAGUGGUUUAGUUUUAUAAAUCCCUGGACCAAAGAAGUAGAAUACAUAGUGUCAACCAACACAGUUAUAUCCGGUAAAAGUAAUCCAGGUGGAUCAGGGGAUAAAUCUGAGCAGCCUAGCAGUUCCAAGGCCUCGGAGGAUGAUUCCAAGAAGUCCCAACAAGUUCCAAUCAUCCCAGGGAUCUCCAGUGCAUCAGGCAUGAUUUACGCUGGGUGCAUAGGGACCCAAAUUGCUAAUGAGAUAAUGGACUAUAAUAGGAUGAACUCCUCACCAUCCAGCGGCAAUACAAGUCCAUUCAGUUUACUGCAGGACAAGUCUCCACUGGCCCUUGUGCAGGCCAGCAGCAAUGUGCCAAAUGGGGAAGCGACAGAUGUGGAGAUGCCUGGCAAAUCAAACUCAGAGGAGGAAGCGAGGGGUGGGGCCUUCACAGUGGGAGAAAGUCUGAUGGAGGGGAGCUCUCAGUUGGAUCUGGAGGGGGUUCCUGGGUUAGGCGUUCUGAGCACUGACGAGGCAGCCAUGGCAGUCAUUAUGAGCUUACUGGAGACCGAUGCCAACCUGGGUGAGGCCGUGGACUUUGACGAGAUGCACUGGUCUCUGUGAACACGGCUCCAGUUUUUUUUUUUUUUAAAGAUCCGUCUUAUCUGGAGCUUUUUAAAAUGAACCAUCCAGUAAUUUUCAUGGGGCAGCAAGCCUUCGACAAUUCUUUGGCUUUCAUGUUUUUAAUUUAUUAGUGUUUUUUUUUAAUGUGUACGGACAAGCUGCAUGGCAGGUUAUCUGAUGGCUGCCGUUGGUGAAGGAGAAUCAAAGGGGACGGGGGUCUCUCUGAGUACCUUAAGCAACAGGACCAGGUUUUAUGUGGUCUGGUGUGCAUUUCUUCACCUCAGCUCUGAGGUCACUUCUGCCCCUUGGCAUGGAUCAGAACGGAGAGACGUUCUUGGCCUGUUUUGCCAUGUUGAGAAACACAUGCCUCAGCCAAGCCAUAAGGCAAGAAUCCAAAUGGUCCACUGUGAUCCAGUGGCGUAAGGAUUUCAAAACUGUUUCCUUAGUCAAUCAACACUUGAACUGACGCUUUUGAGGCAAAGCUGGACAAUUUGUUUUUUUUAUAUAAAAACGUCAUGGGAUUCCUUUGGCAAGGGAAGCCUGGUAGUUAUUUUACCCUUUUAGAGCAGAAAUCAUCUUGAAUUUGAUGUUUUUUGAUGAACAAGAGUGGAAAAACAGGGAGGGGUAUUGGUAAGCGCUUGUGGUCAUUUGUCAAAAAGAACUACUUGAAAAGACUGUGGAAAAAUCUGAAAAUUGAGGAUCACCGUUAGGCCUGACAUUUGUUUUUUCCUCUCUAGUCUACAAACCUGUAUGUGAAUGUGUACUUUUCCCUCAGACCUUCGCCUGUCCUGCCAGGGCUAUGCUUUCUUAAAACAGGGCCGUCACUAAAACUUACAGGGACUGGGACAACAUUUUUAGAGGACCUGGGACAGUGUUCUUGGUUGUUUCCCCCUUAGAUGUAUUAGUUCUGCUGUUCUGAAAGAUGGUCUUGAUGGAGAUGGCCAACAGGUAAAAUGGUGAUUGGAAACUAAUAAGGGCAGGGUCUCUCAGGGAGCAAUUCAUGGAAACCCCUUCUCAAAAUCCUUUAGCGGAUCAGAAAAGUACCACUUUUUAGACCCUUGUAUGAAGGUGGUGUUUAAAACUUCUACAAGGCUUCAUUCUUUCAUUAGUUCUUCUUGUUUAGUUAUGUGCAAAGAGGUAUAACAUGCUCAAAGUGAUCAACAUUUAGAAGGUGAUUGUUGUUUAAAUUGUAUUUUGGAAUUAUAUCCCAUAAUUUUAGUUAUGGGAAUAACCUAAUCUUUACUCAACUUCAAAAUACUAACAAAAUCACUUUUUAUGGAGUAAAAUAACAACAGAGUAAUAGGAAGAUGUUUCUUCCUGCUUCAAGAAGAUGUGUAAUGCAAAUCCAGCCAUGAAGUCAUGAUGGUAACCCACUUUUAAAGUUAUAAUGCACCCUAAAAUGGACAAAAUGUUUAUCAUUUACUCACCCUCAUGUCUUUACAAACCUGUUUGACUUUCUUUCAUGGAACACAAAUGGAGAUGUUUAGAAGAAUGUUUACUCUGCUCUUUUCCAUGUAAUGAAAGUUAACGGUCAUCAUGGGCUUUCAAGCUGCAAUAAGGACUUUAAAAAGCACCAUUGAAGUAUUUCAUAAGAUUUGUGUACUAUAUUCCAAGUCCAACUUAUCCCUUCAUAGAUCUCCAAUUUAAUUUAUGCAAUUUUCUCAGUUUCAAAAUUGCAUUUUAUCCUAAGGCUAGAAUACACUACAAGACUUUUGCCCUGAUUUACAGUCUGGAGGAGUUGACGCUAGUUGCCAAAAGUCAGAGCCAGCAUGCAGCUUUUACAGAUUCCCAAAAUCAUGUUGUAUGCUGGGCACAGAUUCAGAUUUUCUAGCUUCAGACUAUGAUUCCAUUCAGUCAGAAGAUAUCAGACACGUUUUGAACACACAUUGUUUUCAUUUGUCAUAUAUCUCAUAGCAACAAGGCACAUUUCUCAGUGUGUUUGUUGUGUUUGAAACGACUAUGAAGUCUAGUAGUGUGUCAUCUAAAGUUGUUAAGUGUAUGAGUUCGCAAGUGUAUGAUCCCUGGUGGUUUGAAAUCUGAUUUUAAAAGUCAGUACAUUCUAGUCAUAAGGAAGAAAGAAAAUCAUACAGGUUUUGAAAGUAAUGCUGGAAUUUCCAUUUUUGGCUGAACUAUUACUAUAACUGAAGACAAGAGACCUAAGAACAUGUUUUUAUCAUGUUUAAGUAGUAUUAAAUGAAUCUUUAAAUGGAUAAAUCAAAGACAAUGUCCACUGUAGUUUUGAGCCUGUUUUCUCAGAGGGCUACAAUCUCAGAAACAUGACACCUCUUUUUGGGCAGAUGAUCUUUGUAGGCUUUUAAAGUGAUGAUGCUAUCAAAUGCCAUUUCUUGUAAUAAUUCCCUAUUUUGUAUAUUAUAUCUGAGGUCUUAUUGCGUGUGCACAUCCUUGGGAUACUGAUUCUCUCUUCUUUUUCUCUUUCUAAAUUUCUGAUUCCCCUGGGUAAUCAUCAUUCACCUCAAUGAAUUCACAUUUCAGCAUGGCUUUGUAUCUGAUUUUGCACAUUUUCUUCUGAAAUUUUGCUUCCCUUCGUACUGGUGACCUUUCAGUGUAUUGAACUGCUUUACUGUGAUGGUGCACAUGUGCCACAGGAGUCUCAUGGCCUUGCGUGAUGGAAACGGCUGAUUCUGACCAAUUAUACCAAAGCAAUUUGACCGCAGACAUAUUUCAUGUACCCUUAACGCUCAGCUGCCCUGUGCUGUCAGAUGAUCUGUAAUUCUGUGACUAUAGUGUGAGCCGCUUUUUAAAAAAAAAUGUCUUCAUAUCAUUGUCUACUCUGUCACAUGCUGCCAAGAGCUUACUUGAAGGGAGGAUGCCACCCACCCAAUCCAGCUGAAAUGAAAUACUGCUAGAUGAUGUGCACAUCUUUAGUGUGAAAAUAAGUCUUGCCACGUUCCAUUGUUCAUCCAACGCUUGGCUUUGCAAAUGUUACGCAUUACUCAGAAAUAUAAAUGGGGCACUUCCUUAAACCUGACUGAAAUUUCAUGGGAUCAACUGUAAGUGUUUGUCACACAGGUGGUUAGAUGUGUGAGCCAAUCACGAUUCUGGUAAGAUGAUUGGGCAGUUGUAGCCUUAAGCACAGGAACAGCUGCUUUGUUUGCCCCAAUGUACAAGCAUUGCUCUGUGCCAUAACUGCAGGCUUGUCCUAAAAGUCAAAAUUGUGAUUUAUAUUGUGUUUCCUACUCCCCCACAUAGCUUCAUUGUUUUCUAAAGUAAUAGUUCACCCAAAAAUGAAAAUGUACUAAAAUUUACUCACCCUCGGGCCAUUCAAGAUGUAGAUGAGGUUGUUUCUUCAUUGGAACAGAUUUGGAGAAAUUUAGCAUUAUGUCACUCUGCAGUGAAUGGGUGCCGUCAGAAUGAGAGACCAAACAGCUGAUAAACACAUCAUAAUAAUCCACACGACUCUAGUCCAUCAAUUACCAUCUUGUGAAGUGAAAGGCUGCGUGUUUGGAGGAAACAAAUUCAUAAAGGCGAUUUAACUUAAAACUCUUGCUUCUGACCAAAAUGCAAGUCCAUAAUCCAUUAUAAUACUUCCUCUAGUGAAAAAAUUCAACACGUUUGUUUUGGACUGUUCUCACAUGUAAGAGGUGUGCAUAUUUCUCUCCUGAUUCAGAUGAGAUGACUUUUUCACUGGAGAGAACAAUAUUAUUAAUAGAGGUCUUACAUUACUACAAAUGCACAGCUUUUCACUUCACAAAAGACAUUAAUUGAUAGACUGGAGUUGUGUAGCUUACUGAUGGGUUUUUUUUUAUCAGCUGUUUGGACUCUCAUUCUGGCGGCACCCAUUCACUGCAGAGGAUCUAUUCAUGAGCAAGUGACGUAAUGCUAAAUUUCUCCAAAUCUGUUCAGCUGAAGAAACCCAUUUACAUCUUGGAUGGCCUGAGGGUGAGUACAUUUUCAGCAGAUCUAAAUUUUUAGGUGAAAAAUGUCGUUCUGCAGUUGCACUCGGCAGAAAUCAAGUACUGUACGUAGGUUAGAACCACAGACCUUUUCUUCUGUCGCUUUUGUCCUAAUUUCAGCUCUCUCACUAUGUGUAGCCGAAGAAUUUCUUGAUUUUUAUAUUGAUCCAAUAACAUUCAUGCAUGCCUUUUGUGUACCCUUUGCUUUUCUGUACCUUUUUGUUGUUCUGUUAGCUAUCUAAGGGUAUUGGAGAAAGGUUUUUGCCUUAUAAGACAGACAAAGACUUGUUCGUUGUUCUGUUUCCCUUUGUUGUCUGUCUUGGGUGUGUGAUGAAAGUGGUUUGGAUAUUCUGAAGACGUGAAUAUCUCAGUCGGGGAGCAGCCGUUGGGUCGAGCCUCCAGAUCUGCAUGCGUGCACCUCCUCAUCUCUCUGUCUGAGCCUUUGAUCAAGGCUGUCAUGGAACGAGGGGUCUUGUCCAGACAGUCCCCUUUUUUUUGUCUUUUGCUUGCUUCUCCUCCUCUGUUUGUUAUCAAGCAUUUGUAUGACGCCAUCGCUGCUGCUGUCAACAGGUCUGGUUAGUAGCAGAGAAUCUGUCUCUCCAGGCUGACAUGUAAAAAGAUUCUUAAAUAAACAACAUUAGUUUCCUGUA